GCUAACUACUUGCAUGCACGCCAUAGCUGCCAAGUUUUCCCUUUUCUCGCAAGGAAGCCUAUUCAGCAUAAGGGAAAAUCCCUUAAAAAAAGGGAUAACUUGGCAGCUAUGGCAUGCACGCACCACCACCAACUCUCUAACUUUUUUUUUUUAAGGUGUCUGAUAGAAAAAAACGAAAAGCACAAAACUUGGAACUACUAAAUUUAUUUUAAAUUGCAAGCUUAAGAAGCUAAUCUGUAUAAAACUGUGCCCUCCAAAGGUCAGUCUGAUACCACGGGCCACGGUCCUGGUAAAUGGAUGUACUGUAUAUCAGACUGCUUUGCUUUAAUAAAUCCGUGUGCGCAGAAUGAAGCAGCCGAGGCCUCAGAGCCUGAUCACUAGGACCUGGGCGAGUAACAAGAGUAACAGACGGAUCGAGCGUUGCUGGAGCAACCGCUGCCGCCCCGUCCUCGAACCGAGCCGGACUGUGCAGGAAUCCUGUUGUCGGUUAGUGCGUGCGGAGCUGGUCAAGUCGGUAGCCUUCAUGACAGAGGGAGCGAAGGAUGACUCCCAAAAGACGGAAGUCGUCUAUGUUCCUCCACCGCCUCCAGAGAAGCCUGGCCAAGACCUCCAUGCAUGCGAGUGGCUCCUAGUUAUCCUUUCAUUCAUCAUUGUUCUCUUGACUUUUCCCUUAUCCAUCUGGCUGUGCGUAGAGGUUGUCUAUGAAUACGAGCAAGCUAUCAUCGUAAGACUGGGGCGCAUACAAAAAGGAGGUGCAAAAGGGCCAGGCAUCCAUUUCCUUUUGCCUUGCACAGACACCCUUAUCAGAGUGGACAUGAGGACAAAGUCAUUUACUAUACAAUUCCAGGAAGUUUUUACCAAAGAUCCAAUGCAUGUGGAUGCAGAUGGUGUGAUUUAUUUCCGAGUGCAGAAUCCCAUGCUUGCUGUCACAAGUACCACUGAAGCAGUCCUGGCCACUCAGCUCUUGGCUGAAACCACUUUCAAGAACGUUUUGGGGACUAAGACCUUAUCUGAAAUCAUCUCCAACCGGGAACAAAUUGCAUAUUCUAUACAGACCAUACUGAACAACGCCACAGGUGACUGGGGCAUAAAGGUGGAGCGUGUUGAGCUCAAUGAUGUGAAAGCGAGAGUAAAGGUCAUUGUGGGAGAGAGUGAAAAGACCAGCCCCAAGAUUGUGAAGGAAUCUUCUGUUCUCAUGAUUGAAUCCCCCAAGUCUCUCAAGUUUCGCUGCAUGCAGACGGAGAAGACCACGACCACGACCUCUGAGGAUGCCAGCACUACCAAUCAGCAGACUGUCAUCAGUCAACAGACUGUCGUAUUCCGCUAACAGUAGAUAUGCUGCAAGGCAGUGUGGGAAUGCAGUGCUAACUCAGGACACUGAUGCACAAGGAGAUGCUCUUUCACAGGAGGCUAGAUUCCUUAUAAGUGCAUUAAGUGAUUUUAUUUAUUUGCCUAUUUUUAAACAGUUUUACAUUUUGUUGUUUCAUUGCCCCAUAUCCCAAAUAUGAAUAAAAGUAGAAAUAUGCUGGACAAUAUAUUCUCAAUCUGCCAUCCUUAUACCCUUUCUCUCAUCCCCAACAUAGCAAUACUUAGACCCCCAAGGGUUUCAGAUAGGGCUUUCUCCUAGCCCUACUUGGAGAUGCUGGGAAUUUAAUCUGAGACCUUUAGCAUACAAAUCAUGUGAUCUACCACCAAGCUGUGUCCUUCCCCUCAACAUAACAAUUCUGUGGUUCUGAAGAAUAGGAUGAAUGAAAGAGGAGCGUAGGAAUGUGGGAAUCUGCCUUUUACAGUGUCAAGCCAUUUACUGGUAAUGGCUCUCCUGCUGAACCCAGCGCCUUCUGCAUGCAAAGCUGUUGGUUUACCACUGGAACUGAUGUUUACUGAGCAUUCAUAAUGAUUUGGUUUGGUUCAAGUGUAGACAUACAUGCUGCUGAAAUAAAGUUAAGAGCACUGGAAAAACAACAAUACUGAAGUAUCAGUUUUCUGUGUUCAUGGAAUGAGGCAUUAGGAGGUUUUCUCCCUUAUCAAAUAUCUCUGAUGACACCGAGUUAUUCAGUUGUGGAUGUGUGGAACUUUUUCUCAUGUUUCAAGAAAAAUUUGGGUUGCAUUCAUUUUUCUUCUGUAUUUUGUUUGAGAAUACCAAGCAUUGACUUCAUUGCUUCCUCCAAUGUCAUCACACGAAAGCUCAUACCAAUAACAAACUUAGUUGGUCUCUAAGGUGC